CCACGCGCGAGUGCGAGGUUAGAACAGACUAAACUCAGUAUCUUGAUCCCCUUGACACUGAAAUCCAGAAAAUAUUUACCAGGAGAACGAAAUAAUUUAAGGAAGUGAUAUCUGAGUUCCUCGAAACCAGUGAUUAUAUUAACAAAUACACACCACAAAAGGAUCUAACGAUCUCGUCUAUUGAUAAACGAUCAAUGAUGGGGAUGAAGAAGCUUCUGAAAAGGACACGUGCCCGAAAAAAACACACAGGCUCUCCUCUUCAGGGAAAGAUCGUCAAGAAUGAGGGGACCAAUGGUUUCAAGAUGCCAAAGCAGAAGAAGACGUUGGUAAUUGCCCAGGAGAUCAAGUUUGCAAGAGUUCUUGCGAGUAAUGACAAAAAAGCCAGGGCAAAAAUGCUUAAGAAACUUAGGGCUUGGAUUACUGUGCGCUCCAAGAGUUCUUUUGUAUUCACAGAAACGGAUUUUCUGAGACUCUGGAAAGGUUUGUUCUACUGCAUGUGGAUGUCUGACAAGCCCCUGGUGCAGGAGGAACUGGCGGAGUCCAUCAGCGAUUUGGUGCACUGUUUCGAGAACAUGGAAUUCGCUAUUCUCUACACAAAAUGCGCCCUGAAAACCCUCAGCAUCGAGUGGUUUGGUAUCGAUCAGUACAGACUCGACAAGUUCCAGAUGCUGGUGAGGAGGAUUUUCCGUCAGACCUUCAUCCUCUCCAGGAAGCUGGGUUGGGAUGUAGACAACAUCAAGGAGAUUGCUAAAGUCAUUGAGGAGAUUCUGCUGGACAGUAAAGGCUCCCUGGGCUUCAAAUUCCACGUCACUGAGAUCUUCAUGGAGGAACUGGCCAAAGUUUCUGGUGGUGAAAUCCCUGAGGAACGCGUCACGGAGUUGUUGAGACCCUUUGCUAUUUAUCUCGCCACGAUCGAUGACGAAAGACAGAUCAGAAACGUCAUGCAACAUAUCUUUAGGUAUUUAAUCUUCCAAUCGGAUGUUGGCAUCGAGUACAUGGAGAAAUUCGACGCUUGGAGAAAGGCUGGCUACCCCACAGGCAGUAUUGAAGCGAUGCAAAAACUUGAAGUCUCCGACGAUGAGGUUUCUUCAACCGAAGAGGAUCUGAUAGAUUCCUCUCCCUCUCCUCUGGAUCCUCGUGCAGGUCGAGUGAAUGUGGAUCUACCACAAAUUCCCUUCGAUCCCCUUCAGAUCUCCAGACUCAUCGAGGAAUACAAAUUUCACCCCUCGUCCACUACGAAAACUCGAAGACGAAUCAAAAGGCUGAUAAAAGAUUUCAAUGAGCUCUCAAAGGGUACAAUGCCCCUGGGUGUCCAGAAAGUGGACAUCCCUCCGAAAAAGAGCCCGGAAACCAAUCCCAAGAAGGCUGCCUUCAAGUUCCUGGAGUUCGAGCAGGAGUUGUAUUCCGAUUCAGCGAGAAAUCAAGGGAAGAAAAAACGAAAAACCGAUCUAGCUGAGUUAAAUCCCAAAAAAUUAAAGAUCAAGGAGUCAAAGUCUUUGGAAUCUUCACCCCCUGAUGCAUCCCCUGGAGGAGUUCCCCAGAAAUCUCCAGAGAAAAAUCAGAAGAAAAUGAAAAAAUCCCCAGAGGACAGGGAAAAGUCAUCGCCGAAGAAAAAAUCACUGCAGAAGGAGUUUAAAGUGAAGACAACCAAGACGAAAGUGAAAAAAUUGAAGAAAGUUAAGAAAUCAUUAAAUGGGGAGCUGUUGGAUGGAAUCGACGACUUCACCAGCUUCAAGAAGUCCAGAAAAAUACCGUACGAUUUGGAUAGCAGUUGGAAUGUCGAGACGAGUGAGUCUUCAUCUUCUGUGACACCAGCAGUCACACCAAAGACAACUCCGGAAGGAAAAAACGAGAUUGCGAAUAAAAAAACUGCGAUUGUAGAGGAUGUGAGGGUGGGGAAUGUAUCCUGGCUACAACCUCUGGCGAAAAAGCUCGAAGGCGAGGGUAGAAACACUGGAAAGAGCCCAGGAACUCCUGAAAGCAUUACGAAGAAGAGAGUUAAGAUUAUGCUGCAGAAAAAUACCGCCCAACACACGUCCGAGUACUUCAAACAGAUCAUGAUGAGCCCUGAAAUUCCUUAUGAUGCUAAUAAGAAACCCAAGGCCGGAGUUCUCAAGCCUAGUCCACUGCCCAGUCCUGUUAAUCCGUUUUACCAAAAAUUAUAAAAAAUUCUGAGAGGUUUUGCGGAAUUAUCUUGAGAUAUCGUGGGUGUAGAGAAAAAUGUCAUUGGAUUAUUUAAGAGAUCUCGAAAUUCUUUACAAUUAAUUCCUAUGACAUGUUUUUUUCAGUCUAAUACUUCCCAUGAUAUUUGUGAAAGAAGAAAGAGAUCAUCAUGAGAGAAACUUCAAUUUUUAAUUAUUCAGUGAAACAAUUAUUUUUUUUUUAAAUAUCUCGAGAAGUACGGAGUUUAGAAAAAAAAUUAGAAAAAGGAAAUCGAAUUUAACCAUUUCGAAGAUAUUCGUGGAAAAAACAUAAUUCAUUAUGAUAAAUAAUUUCUUUUUGUUUUUAAGAGUAUCGUUUUUACUGUUAAACCGGAAUGGUUUGAAGCUAAUUGAAUAAAUGAAUUACUUUUAAAUUUUUCA